GCAGACUCUCCACAGCGAUUAUCCGUGACAGCCGCGGCCGGGAAGCCCAUUCUUCGUGAUGACCGCGUCCGGACCCAAUCGUCGCAAGGCGGUCGUUGUAGGCGCAGGCCCUGUGGGAUGUCUCGCGGCCAUGUCCCUCGCCAAGAUGGGCUGGUCCGUGGAUAUUUACGAAGGUCGCCCAGACAUGCGCCUUCCCUCGUCCAAGGCUGCCGCCCAGCAGCGUUCUAUUAAUCUAGCCAUAUCUGCCCGCGGGCUCGCUGCGAUACAGGCGAUAGACCCUGGUGCAGCGGACCGUUUUUUGAGUACUGUCAUUCCCAUGCACGGCAGAAUGAUACACGAUGCGCAAGGACGUCUCCAGAGCCAGCCCUAUGAUCGGGACGGGCAGUGUAUCAACUCCAUCGGCCGCGCUUUCCUCAACGAGGAUCUGUUGAAAGAAGCCCUCGCCGUGCCGGGCAUCCGCGCGUUUUUCCAGCACAAGGUCGCCUCUAUAGACUUCGACCGGCGGAUUAUGAAGCUGCAAGACGUCGAGGCGGCGCGGGACGUGGAUGUCUCCUUCGAUUUUUGUGUCGGCGCCGAUGGGAGCUACUCGAUCGUCCGCCGUCAGCUGAUGAGGGUGGUCCGGAUGGACUAUCAGCAGUGGUAUAUUCCGCACGAUUAUCUCGAGCUGAAGAUGCCGGCUGGCCCCCCGCAGGAACCGGGCGGCGAUCCCUCCUUUUUGCUCGACCCCAACCACCUGCACAUCUGGCCGCGGCACACCUUUAUGCUUAUUGCGCUUCCGAAUAAGGACGGGACGUUCACCUGCACGCUCUUCGCGCCCACCGCGGACUUCGACCGCCUCGAUUCGGACGAGGCCAUCGUGCGGUGGUUCAGCGAGCAUUUCCCCGACGCGCUGCCCCUCAUCGGCGAACAGGCGCUGCUGGAGGAUUUCCAUCGGAACCCGCGCAGUGCGCUUAUGUCAAUCAAAGCACGGCCGUAUCACUACAAGGACCGCGCCGUGCUCCUCGGGGACGCCGCCCACGCCAUGGUUCCAUUCUACGGCCAGGGUCUCAACUGUGGGCUAGAAGACGUGCGGGUGCUGGACGUCCUGCUUCGCGAGGCGCAAGUAGACGCGACUUCUCAGGUACCGGAAGGCGAGGAAGACGGCCGGCUCGCGUCCGCGCUCGCGCGGUACUCCGAGACGCGCCACGAGGAUCUCGUCGCCAUAUGCGACCUCGCGAUGGACAACUACGUCGAAAUGAGGCACGCGGUCACGACGGUAGCGUACCGCUUCCGCAAGGCGCUGGACAACGUGCUCUACUCCUUCAACCGCAAGAGCGUCGCCGCUCAAGACGUCUUCCCUGCGCUCGCCAAGACGACCUUCGUGAACGCCCCCAGCGGCUGGCUCCCGCUGUACACCAUGGUCUCGUUCCGGCCGGACAUCAGCUACUCGACGCUUCGGCGGCGGUUCCAGCGGCAGACGGAGAUCCUCGAGCUGGCUGGCUGGCUCAGUGUCGGUGCGGCGGUAGGCACGGUCGGCAUCACGUGUGUAACGCUCUUGCGACGGCUGUACAGCCGGCCGUGAGUGAUCAACAAGUCUGCAUUGUUCUCCCGAGCCCCCUGGAUAAUGAAAUGUCGUAAUCUUCGCGACCGCGGGAAAAACGCCCCCGUCGCGGCGAUGGCGAUCUCC